AAAAGGCGUGAAUCAUCCUAGAUAUAAACCCUUAAACACACAUGUGCUGUCAUGUUGAUCUUCCUAAAGUGAAACUGAUCUAUAGGUCUUAACUUGGUUUUCCGCAGAAUUUGGUGUAUAUACUACUGGAUACAAAUUAAAAAGGUAACAACACACUGUCAGCCGGGUAAAUGUUGGUAGAUAUCCCCUCAAUCGCAAGCAAUCAGGGUAACACUAAUGAUCCCGAGCACGGUCUCGAUGAAGUUCUACGUACACUCCAAAGAACAUGGGUUUACCAUGGUGGUCAGAUGUGAGGAGGACUACAACGGAACAGUGGAGGACAUCACUAAGAUGUUUGUUAAAGAAUUAAAGAAGAAAUUACCAACGGUAUGCCCAGACAAUGACGUGGAAGUGAGGAAAAGUAAAAAAAUUGUAGACUUGAAAGAGGAAGUGAAGAAAAGAGUGAAGGACAAAGAUGACUUGUUUCUUACUUUACACCAAGGAGUCAAACCGAAAUCUGAUGCCAAGAAACCUGCUAAUGUGAAAGAGCCAGAACUUGUUGAACCCAAAGUAACAAAAGAAGAUCAUGCUCCUGCCCCUCCCACACAAGAACGGAAAACGAACAGCAAGACUGAUGGGCUGAUGCAGUUGGCUGUCCAGUUCAUAACAAAGGGUAACUUUCAACAAGCUGCUAUAACUUUGGAGGAAAUCACCAAAACUGACCCACGCAACACAGAGGCUCAUCUAGGUCUUGUUGAUAUCUUUCUGAAGGCAGACCGACCUAAGAGGGCCUUAAAAUGGUGCAGGAAAACGAAAGAAUUCUGCAGCAGUAACGAAUUGGCACUCAGGUACAUGUAACAUGUCCAAUACUAGGGAUAUGAACGUGUAUGUGACCCUAGGAUGGUAUUUAGUUAACUUCUUAUAAAUGGAGAAAUAUAAAAAGUAGUAAUAUAGAUGAUAAACAGUUUAUCAUACAAUGUUUCCAGGGUUUGUCAUUAAGCAAUUUUUCUCAUCUCUUGAGUCUCUUGAUCUGCAGUGGCCUCUCAAUUUUAUCCAUGUGCUUAUGAUGAGAAAAUUGUUCUCACAACAAACCCUGAAAACACUGUGUGAUAAUUUAUAAUUAUCUAACACUGACUAACUGAGAUAGGAAUAGAUACACAAUGUAUCAGACACUUUCGUCAACUAAAUAUCAGAUGCUGGGAUAAAGCUUGAUAUCAGACAAUAGAUUGCGACCAGACAUCUGAAACUGUGAUGGGACAUGAUUUCUUAGACUUUAUAUAUAAUACUUAAUAGAUGAUAUUGGAUAGCUAACACUGGAACUGAAUAUCUGAUACAUGUACUUCAAAAGGAUAGGAUAUGUGAUAGACCUGGAGAUCUAACACUAAGAUGGAACUUGAUUUCUGAUAUUGGGAUAGACCUGGAGAUCUAACACUAGGAUAGAACUUGAUUUCUGAUAUUGGGAUAGA